AUGCAGGCCAGCGGGAGUAUUGGUAAGAUAAUUGCCCUUGUUGCAUCGCCUGACGUCAAAGUAUCUGUCCUGUCACGCAGUUCGAGCGAGGCAACCUUUGAUUCUGAUGUCAGUGUUCGCAAAACGGAUUUCUCCGAGGCUGAUCUGGAAUCCGCCUUGAGGGGUCAAGAUGCUGUAAUUUCAGCUGUGUGCGCCACUGGGUUUGUUGACCAGAAGAACUUUAUUUAUGCUUCCAUCCGCGCUGGUGUGAAGAGAUUUAUUCUCUCCGAGUUUUCUUCGAACACCUUUAGCGAUGCUGUCAUACAGUUGGUGCCUCUUUUUGAGCAGAAGAGGGUGGUCCUCGAUUACCUAAAGUCCAAGGAGUCGGAAGGACUCGCCUGGAGCGGUAUCGCCACUGCACUUUUGUUUGACUGGGGUCUUACCACUGGGUUCCUAGGCUACGACAUUACGUCUCAAACUGCCAACCAAUAUUUUUACGUUGCAUCGGUUGAGACCUCACAGAAGGAGAUCCUUGGUGCUUUGGAGGAAGCCACCUCCUCCAAGUGGACGGUGACAGAUACUAGCACUGAUUCUGAGAUCAGCGAAGCUGUCAAAACGCUCGGCAUUGGUGACUUCAGCGGUGCCUUUAUGCUGGUUCGUGACACAAGCUAUGCCAAUACUCCUGGACUUCGUGCCAACUACGUGAAAGAUGAGAAGCUAGCGAAUGGUUUGCUUGGAUUAAUGAAGCAAAGUGUCAAGGACAGUGUCAUUCAGGUUGUUGAUAAGCUCUAG